UAAACUAUCUCACAAUGUUAAUGCUGAGGAUUGGUGUCAUCUUGGUAUUAGGAAUAUGUUUAGAAGGUCUUCGAAACGAAGUACACGAAGGUAUAGCUAAACGAAUAGCAGAUAAAACUAAAGAAAUAAACAGAUUAGCUGAUAAACAUUCUUGUCCUGAUGACAUGUAUGAUGACGGUACAAAGUGUUGGAAAACUUCAUAUGGAAGAGGAGCAGGUCGUGUUCCGGAUAAAGCAAAGUGUCCCCUAAAUCAACGUGACGAUGGGACAAGCUGUUGGUUAGAUAGCUAUGGGAGAGGGGCGGGUAGAUUGCCUGAUAAAACACCAUGUCCAUCUGGAAUGCGAGAUGACGGUACCAGUUGUUGGAGUGAUGCCCAUAUAUAUGGAAAAGGAUGUUGUUGCACAUUGUUUGGAUGCUGUAAAAACAAAUGUAAGAGUGGUUACAGAGACGAUGGAUGCACGUUUAGAAAGAAAAAUAUAGGUAUAAAAUUGACACUCUUCCAACGACAAGGGUGUAAAUCUGAUGAAGAGAUGAAUGGACGUCUUUGCUAUCCAAAAUGUAAAGCUGGAUACUAUGCAACUGGAUGUUGUAUAUGCACACCAAAAGGCGGCCCAGGUAUACGGAAAACUCUUGCACAAAGACAAAGUUGUCGUAAUGAAGAAGAACGAAACGGAGCCUUGUGUUACCCCAAAUGUAAAGCUGGUUAUAAGCCUUUUGGAUGCUGCAUUUGCGACCUGGACCUGGGGUAUAGAGGACACACUCCAUAAGCGACAAUAUUGCAAAGAUAAUUAAAUCAAACUGCAGUGUACUUGUUUGAAGACAUGUUUAAGUAACUACAGUUAUUAUAAUAAUGGCGGCUUCUGUAAGAAAAAUAAAGAGAGAUCUA